AGCGAGCGGUGUGGGGGCAGAGGCUGGGAAGAGCUGCUGGCGCUCCCCGGCCCGGAGGAGGGGGCGGUCGCAGGGAGGCUGCGAGGGGCUGGAGCUGGUGCCGGUUGCUCUCUGGACUGCAGGGGGUGCGGGGUCCCCUCUCCGCGUUGCCUGCCCAGCCUCAGCCGGCUCGGAGGCGGCAGCCAAGCAGCGCGGUCCUCGCCAUGCUGGCUGCAGCUGGGAGCCGCGUCUGCCUGGGCCGGCUCCUGGCCGAAGGGCAACUGCACGCCCCCCUGCUCCGGCCGGCAGCCCGUGGGAUCGCGGCCACUGCAGCUUCCUCCAGCAGCGCCCACAACCGAAGCCCAGGGCCCAUCAGCUCGGCUGAGAAGAUGUACAAAGUACCUGGUAGUUACAAACCUUCCAACUUUGACAAAAAAAUCCUCAUGUGGACAGGACGCUUCAAGACUGAAGAAGAGAUUCCCUCAAGGAUCCCGCCAGAAAUGCUGGACAUUGCAAGAAACAAAGCUCGGGUAAAAGCCUGUUAUCUAAUGAUUGGACUCACAAUUAUCGCCUGCUUUGCUGUGAUUGCAUCAGCUAGAAGGACUGAACACCAUGAGUCCCUAACAAGCUGGAACCUAGCAAAGAAAGCCAAGUGGCGUGAAGAGGCUGCAGUAUCAGCAGAGUUUAAGACUAAAUAAUAUUUCUAUUAAAAGCUGUGAAUUUGCUAGUAGGAGCAAACACCACAAAAAAACAAACAAAUGUUAUUUGGCAUAAUUAGUGACUGUAACUAGUUAGCAGACUGCUCUGUUAAAUAACAACACAUUGGAGCCCAACAAUGUUGCACUCAAAAAAAUGUUGGGAACGAAGGGAAUAGGGUGUCUUUUUCUACAUUACACAGAGAUAUUUUCAGUACUUGCAGCAGAUGACCAAGGUCAGUUCAAAUCUUUAGAAAGUUCUAAUAAUUCCUUUUUUGCCUCAGUUUGAUAAAAAAUAUGUAACUGUCCACAAAGACAACACAUACAUCACCUACCCUGUCCUGAAAUCUCUUCCUGCUAGAUUUGAUUCUGGAGAUUUUUCUAUCGACACAAAAUUAUAUUACUGACAAGAACCACCAUUUGAAAACUGUUAUAUAUUAAAGAAAUUAAAGCAUACUAAAAAAAUUGUGCAAGCCAAAAAUCAUUUAAAUACUAGGGAAGCCAGUGACUAUGUAGUUGGAAAAAUUAAUAGCAUCCCUACAGUAUCUCUGUUGAAUCUCGUUUACUAGACCAGGCUGAACUGACACAGUUUACUUAUAGUGUUGUAGCUAUGUCAGUACCAGAUAUUAGAGAGACAGGGUGGGAGGGGUAAUCUCUUUUAUUGGCCCAACCUCAAAAGCUUGUCUCUCCCACCAACAGAAGUUGAUCCAAUAAAAGGUAUUACCUCAACCACCUUGUCUCACUAAAGUUUAUACCUCACCCACCUUGUCUUGCUAAAGUUUACUUAGUUCUUUUGCAAAUAAAACACAAUAAGCAGCAUUUUAGUGUCUAUAGACUUUUCCUCUGAAAACUCUUGGGAAGUCCCAUUAAUUUUGCAAAUGAAAAAAGGAUGGAGGAUGGUGAUGGUCAGAGGCAUGGGAUGCUUAGAGAGGAGAUAUUUUCAUGGCUAGUUUUAAAAGUCACUUCAUGCAAUAUUUUGUUUUACCCCUCUCCAUAAAGCUGAUUUUUCUAGCAUGGCACACUAUUAUAUAGCAUGGAAGUCAGCCACAGUUUUUACUUAAUUCAGCUCUUACAUUAGUAUAGAGAUUGUAUUUAUAUUUGCUAUUUUCUAAGAAUCAGGACUAAUUUUAGAAUACUAAUGAAUACACUCACCACUGUAAAAUAGCUUUUAUUAGUUUUUGUAUAGUAUUCUGAAUUGAAACAUUCCAUAAUAUUGCAUACUUUUCACGUGUUGGUUUGUAGAGAUACACAAUAAUGGGCCUCCAGUCUGGAUUAAAAGAUGCACUAUCACUCUACUUAAAGUCAAUAUAGGCAUUUUAGAUUCAUACAUUACAUAAAACCAUAAUGCCAUGAAUGAGAAUGAAAAAUUUCUCAUUUAAGAUUUCAAUUAACCUUUGCACUGGUUUCGUGCUAAGCAGCAGGCAUUUUACCCUGCAUAUCAAUUUGAACUUUAAAAAAAGUCUCACUUACAAAAAUUAAAUCAUAAGAUUGAAGACAAAAACCCAACUGAGGUAAUUGACCAUGGAGGAAAAAGGAUAGUGCAUCUUUUACACAUAGACCCAGUAGAAAUCAUUUUUCCAAACUUGUUCUACAGUAAAGUUAUUUCUGCACCAACA